AUGUGCAAAGGCCCUGAGGUACGAGAGACCUGGCCCAGUGCCUGGAGCCUGGUCAGCCUGGAGCAGAGAGACAGCAGGGAGCCCCCGGAGCGAGGGCGGAGUCCAGCCAUCGUGCGGGAGGGGCUGGAGGGGGCUGGCCAUCAGUUCUCGCUGCAGAAGUGCGUCCCGGCCACAGUGAGGACGCUGCUGCAGGUGGAUGCCGGACCUGCGCCGGACCCAGGAUCAGCAGAGACGUGGGAGGAGGCCAGCCAGGGCCAGUGGGCCCCCAGGGAUACAACGGGCCCCCUGGCUUGCAAGGAUUCCCAGGACUGCAGGGCCGCAAAGGUGACAAGGGCGAAAGGGGGGCUCCCGGCAUCACAGGACCAAAGGGAGACGUGGGAGCAAGAGGCGUUUCUGGAUUCCCUGGUGCCGACGGAAUUCCCGGGCACCCGGGGCAAGGCGGGCCCAGAGGACGACCCGGCUACGACGGCUGCAACGGGACCGUGGGUGACGCAGGCUACGCGGGACCCGUGGGCCCGGACGGCUUCCCCGGGGCCCCCGGGCCCCAAGGACCCAAAGGUCAGAAAGGCGAACCCUACGCCCUGUCCAGGGAGGACCGUGACAAAUACAGGGGGGAACCUGGAGAGCCCGGACUGGUCGGUUUCCAGGGGCCCCCUGGCCGCCCUGGGCCUGUGGGGCAGAUGGGUCCGGUUGGAGCUCCAGGAAGACCAGGCCCGCCUGGACCCCCUGGACCGAAAGGACAGCCAGGCAACAGGGGACUUGGUUUCUACGGAGAAAAAGGUGAAAAGGGUGACAUGGGACAGCCGGGACCCAACGGGAUUCCGUCAGACAACCAACGUGCCAUCAUUGGGCCCACGAAGGAGACGAUCCACCUAGAUCAG